AUGGCUGCACUCUCCCAGCACCUCAGGAUCCUGCUCUGGAAGAACUGGCUGAGUGUCAAGAGGCAGCUGGUAUGGUCGUUUGUUUUAAUUUCCUGGCCUGUGGUUGUUUUCAUAAUCUUGGCCAUUAUCCGUCUCAAAUUCCCUCCAGAACCACAGCAAAACUGUUACCUUGCACCCCGAAACCUUCCCAGUGCAGGCUUCUUCCCAUUCCUGCAAACAGUGCUGUGUGACUCCGAUGCCAGGUGUAAGGGCACACCAUACACACCAGAAGAUCUGCUGCCAAGACUUAAUGACAUCUCACACCUCGGACUCAAGCUCAGGAGCUCAUCCAGUGUAGCCAAGGACAGGCAGCCAUCACCAUGGAGUGCAAAGGUUCCUGAAAGCAGGAAUGCUUCACUGGCAUUUGAGGAUUGGGUAUCUCAUGGAGAGAAAAGCCUUCAGAAUGUUUCAUCACCAUCCAACUUGACUUCCAGCACCCACAUGUUCAACAAGAUCUUCAAUUUUGGGAAGAGCCAGCCCCAGCACUCCACUGCAGGCACCCUCAGGGCCCUGCUGUGCCAGCUCUUGUGGCAGUACCUGGCACAUCCCGGUGCCUCAGGAGGGAGCAUGGCAGCCAGCAUCCACCACACCUUCUGCUUCACCAACUCCUCACUUCUGGAGUCCUUUGCCCAGGAGUUCAGGACCCAGCUCUCCCAGGUGCAGCACAACCCAGAGUACCAGGAGACUUUUGUCAGUGAAAUGGUCUCAUUUCUGACACUCAUCUCCCAAGUGCAGAAUGACACCUCCCUGUGGCACCUGCUUUUGCUGGCCCCAGAUGUGUUUCAGGACAACAUGCAGCUGCGAGACAUAAUUGAUUUCCUUCAGAAUCCAAGCAGUGUUGUGCUGGCAGCUCAGAAUGUCUCUGCAUCUCUUGUGAGCGAUGAUAGAUUCAAAACUGCUCAGAAUGGGGUUACAGAUUCUCCACUUUCCCUGAACUGCUUGGAGCAAGAUAAAGAAGGAAGCUGGGUGACCAGAUCUAUUUGUAAUUCCUUUGUUCACUGGAAAGACAAUCACACUUUAGUAUCUGAAUUGGAGGAAGUUCUAAGAAAAAUAAAGUCACCAGAGAUUGGUGGAAAGCACUCCAAGAGGUCCAUUAAUUCAGAUGAUUUAGAAGCCAUACAAAAGCAUCUACAUAGUUUUAAAGGCUUUGAGGAAAAAAUGAAUAGGAGUGAAUUAAAAAGCUUAAAUCUAUUCAGAAAUUUGAAGAAUGAAACAUUACAGAAAUUGUAUGCAUUUCUUGAACUGGGAAUGAAUCCACACCAUGAUUAUAAAUUAAAGGAACCAUAUAAUAAGGAAAUAAUUGAUGAAAUCUAUAACUUCACAUCACUGCAAUUACAGAGUGACUUUAAUGGGACUUCCAUUUUCAAUACAAUGACCCAGUGGAAAGAAAUUCAGAGGGCUUUAAAAUUAGCUGCAAUGCUUUGGAAUCCAGCUCUCCUAAGUAAUUCCAAUUUUAGUACACUGAAAACUACGGAUGCUCUCAAAAUGUUGUUCUCCACAAGCAUGCCAUCCCUUCUGGAAGGGCUCAGAGACCGUUUGAGUGGAAUGCAAGAAAUCCCAUCUGUAUUUUCUGAUUAUCUGCAUGAGUCUGAGUCCUACAGGAACUUCCCAGAGCAGCUCCUAGCUCUCGAGAAGAUGUUUUUUAGAAUGAUAGGCACAAAUGUAGGUUAUCAGUACAUCCUGCUGCCUGUGUUUGAGCUGAUGAGGGCUGUAGAGAAGUCCAUGGGUGAGGCCUGGUGGGAUGAGCUGAACGUCUUCUGGCGCAUUGGGGAGAAGCUGAGAUCCAUGAGGUGGAAUAACACAGCCAUCGUCGCCUACGGGCAGUUUUUGGAGGUGUUAAACAGCAAUUUGCAAAAGCUGAACAAUAAAUCAAGUGGUGUCUUCAGUGAAGAGUUGGAUCAGCUGUCGGAAUUUAUAACAGCUGUGUUUAAAGAGUUUGGGGAAAGCUCUGGAGUAGCCAAUAUCUCACAAGUCACUCAAGCCAUCCAGAAGACAUUGUACAUCUUAAAAGACUUACAGCUGAAUUAUAAUGUCAGUACAUUAAAAUCUAUAGAUCUUUUCUUCAAUUUUAACAAUAAAACCUUGGAGAGCUUGUCUGAACUUCUGAGAACAGGAAUGAAAAUCCUUCAUUAUACAAGUGCCAGUGAAGGUUCCAGUGAAGACAUAAUUAAACCCAUCUAUAAUUUAACACAUCUUCUACUUCAGGAGUUCAGCCAGUCUGCCUCACAGCACAAUACCCCACUACAAGCAAAAAUUUGGGAGUUCCUUCAUUUAGCCUUGGAUCCUUUCCUUGAGCACAACAGCAAUGGCUAUAAAACAAUUCAGAACUGCUCCUUUGAAGAUGUGCUUGGCAUAGGCCUUGAGGUGCUGUUUGAAAAUGCCACUCUAAGGGACUCCUCAGCCAGGAGCCCCUGCAAGCCCCUCUUGGAUUCCUUGGGUGUGGAGGGUGGGCCAGGGAGCAAUGACACCUUUAGCAGGGUGUUCCAGCUGGCCAUAAGCAACCUGAAACUGUCCCCAGAGUUUGCUGCUGCCUACAACAACAGCAGGGAGAGCUUUUCCAAGGAGCUGUCGUGCCUCACCCGAGCUCUGCGCUUGUCUCUGAGUUUCCUCUCCAAGUUAAACCUUGUCUCUGGGCUGGGAAACUCGUGGCUCCAGGAGAAGGUGAGAGCUCUGAGUGCAGCCACAGAGGGGCUGGAGCAGGGUGAUGCCUCGUGCCCCAUCCCAGCCCAGGAUGUGGGUGAUGUCUCUCCAUCCCAGCUUCUGAACGUGCUCCUUCCUGCCCUGCUGAAUGAAACAGUGCUGAGCUCCCUGAAUUCCUCUGGCAGUGCCACAGGCUGGCAUAACCUGCCCGUGCUCUCCAGGGUGGCACAGGAUGAGCUCCAGAGCCUGCUGCAGAGGCUCCAGGGUGCCUUCAGCCUCACCGAGGGCAGUUACUACACAAGUGUCUGGGAUGUGUUUGGCAGCUUCCUCAGCACCAAAAGGAACCCAGCUGAAGGAGCUUCCCUUGCAAGGCUGUUGGAAGCAGUGGCAAGUGACUCUGUCAGUGACCUGUCAGCUCUAGAAAUCACAGAAGCCACCCUCUACAUUCUCCACGGGCUGAACAUCCCUGGCCUGCUAAAUGAAUUCAAUACAAGUUCCAGCUCAGCUUUUCUCUCCAACAAAACCAGUUUUGACAGUGUGAUUGAUAUUGUUGCUCAUCACUUCACUGUCGUGGCAGAAACCCUUUACAACAAGAGCCUGCCUUGGACUCUGAGUGACCACGCUCUGUCCCCAACCAGCUUGAUCACACAAUUUCUGUUUUUAGAAUUUCAAAACACCGUCUUGCAGGUGACAGCAAAUAGCAGCUAUAACCCUUACCUGAUGUGUUUAAUAAAUGCUGCAGAAGCUGAAGAUGGGCAAUUGACAGAAAACAUCACACUGCUUUUGAAGCAAACUCAUCUGAAAAAGAACUCUUUUAUGCAAAAUAAUACCUCUGAGAAACAUUCAUCCAUACCAGAGCUCCUGAAGCUAAAAAUCUCUCGCCUCCGGGAUCUGACAGCACUUCUGUGUGACUCUGAGAGCUCUCAGUCCAUCCAGCAGCUCUGCCACCUCCCCGAGGUUCCCUUUGGGGAGCUGUGUGAGCAAGGCCAGGCUCAGGAGCAGCUCCUCCGUGCUGCUGAGCUGAGCAGCCAGCUUGUGACCAACGUGCUGAGUCACAGGAGGAUCUCCCAGGAGCUCCAAAAUGUGCUCAUUGGGGAUGCCACAGACAUCCAGGCACAGCUGAAGUGGCUUCAAGAAAAUGUACCAGAAAUUGCUUUCUUUCAAGAGAUUCCUCAGUAUAUGGCUGCUUUGAAUUCCAUGUUGAACGUCACUGAGGGUUUAACAGACUCGAGCAAGCAAGAAAAGUUAAGAGAUGUGUUUAAAAAUGUGGACCAGCUCAAAGAGGACCUCAGAAAUGCGACAGGAAUGUCCACAGCCAGCAUUGAUGCUCUUCUGGAAGCAUCUUUCCCAGAAAACAGCAGUCAGCUCCUCUCUCAGGUGCUGCAGCUGGAGUCCUGCAGUGUCCUUCUGGAGGACCCACAGCUGCAAGUGGUGGUGCAGGAGCUGUGCAGCCUCCCUCUGGCAGAGAGGACUCGCAGGACCUACCUCCUUGGGGUCACCCUGCUGAGACACCUGGACAUUUACAAUUUCUUAUACAAGAUGUUUUUCCCCAAGGAACUUCAGAAACCCAUGGACAAGAUGUUAGGCCUUCUGACAAAAAUGAAAUAUUUCAGACACCAGGUUGAAUCUGGCAUUGAUCCAUUGCUACAAGCUAUUCAUUCCCUGAAAAAGCUCCGACAGUCCAGGAAAAUGCCACUGACUAAGGCAUUAUUUAAACCAAACAACUCUGGGAUAACACAUGGCACUUUUAAAUCCAUGUCAAAAGUCCUCUGCAACCAGGAGAUCACACCCCUGUUUUUUGAGUCUUUGCUUCCAGACUUUGGAGACCCUGUAAGCAACAGUUCUCAUGCAGAGGAUGUCUAUGUCCAAAAGCUGAUGAGGAAAUAUGGGAUUCCUCAGGAUUCCACCCCGUUUUGCUUAUCCUUUUACCUGGACCUGGUCAAGACCCCCACUGGAGCUCUGAUUUGGUCUUUCUUAAAACCAAUGGUGCUUGGGAAGAUCCUUUUCACACCAGAUACCCCAGAAACUCGAGCAAUCAUGGGAAAGUCAAAUGCAACCCUGGAGCAGAUGGCUGAGUUAGCCCUGAAGUCCCAGGAGUGGCUGGACCAGUCUCCUGUCAUCCUGAACUCACUGACUAAGUUAAACCAAACAGUUCCAAUGAUCAAGAACGCCCUGCGGAAUCCCUUUGUGCAGGUUUUUAUCAAGCUGAUGGUGGAUUUGGAUGCAGCUGAGCUCCUGAGUCAGAUAAAUGAGCUGGAUGAUAUCCGGCUGGAAUUGCAGAACAACGCUGACGUUGUUGAUCAGCUGAACACGUUGGCUGCCCUGGCUGUGAACGUCUCCUCCUGCGUCUCCUUCAACCGCAUCCGGGCAGUGCAGGACUUGGAUGAAUUGGAAGCGGUGGCUAAGGAGCUCUUCCUGAAGAACGAGCUGUUUGCAAGUAUCAUUUUCAAGCUGCCUUCAAGGCCUGGCCACUCAGUUCCUGGGGGCCUGUCCCUCCCUCCUGUGCUCAACUACACCAUCCGAAUGAGCAGCAGGAUAACCCAAACCACCAACAGGAUCCGCGAGCGCAUCUGGACCGUGGGCCCGCACAACUCCACCUCCCAGAGCCAGAUUUACAGCCGGGCCUUCAUUUACAUCCAGGACAGCAUUGAAAGGGCCAUCAUUGAGCUGCAGACUGGCAAGAAGCCAGAGGAGAUAGCUGUCCAGGUCCAGGCCAUGCCCUACCCCUGCUACAACAAGGAUAUGUUCUUAACCAGCGUGACCUACUCUCUUCCAUUUGCUCUGAUGGCUGCCUGGGUGCUGUUUAUAGCUGAUUUUGUUAAAACACUUGUUCAGGAGAAAGAUCUGAGGCUUUAUGAGUACAUGAAGAUGAUGGGUGUCAAUGCCAGCAGCCAUUUCAUCGCCUGGUUCAUCGAGUGCGCCAUCUUCCUCCUGAUCACCGUCACCUUCCUCAUUGUUGUUCUGAAAGUGGGUCAGAUCCUUCCCAAAACAGACACAGCACUCCUGUUCCUGUACCUGAUGGACUACAGCCUGUCCAUCAUAGCCAUGAGCUACUUCAUCAGCGUGUUCUUCAACAACACCAACAUCGCGGCCUUGGUGGGCAGCCUCGUCUACAUCCUCACCUUCUUCCCCUUCAUCGUGCUGCUCGUCAUCGAGAACCACUUGAGCUUCUCUGUCAAGAGCCUCCUGAGUCUGUUGUCUCCAACUGCCUUCAGUUAUGCAAGUCAAUACAUUGCUCGCUACGAGGCACAGGGCAUAGGACUGCAGUGGGACAACAUGUACAAGUCCCCAAUGAUUGGAGACAACACUUCCUUUGGCUGGAUGUGCUGGCUCAUUCUCAUAGACUCCUUCAUUUACUUCAUCCUGGGCUGGUACAUAAGGAACGUUUUCCCAGGUAGAUAUGGCAUGGCUGCUCCCUGGUACUUCCCACUGCUUCCAUCUUACUGGAUUGAAUACAACAGCUACCUGCCCUUCUGGAAUGAGAAACAAAAAGGCCUCCUCUUCUCCAAGCUGAUGUUAAGGAAAGAAGUCACCCUCCCCAACAAGAUAUGUGCCCCCCACCCUCACGUGGAACCGGAGCCCACCGACCUCACCUUGGGAGUCUCCCUGCACGGCAUUACAAAGGUUUAUGGAUCCAAAGCUGCAGUGGACAACCUCAGCCUCAACUUCUAUGAAGGGAAUAUCACUUCCCUGCUGGGACACAAUGGAGCUGGGAAAACUACAACCAUAUCUAUUUUGACUGGGCUGUUCCCUACGUCAUCAGGCACGAUCAUUGUGUAUGGCAAAGACAUCAGGACUGACCAGGAGGUGAUCAGGAAGAACAUGGGGGUGUGCAUGCAGCACGACGUGCUCUUCAACUACCUCACCACCAAGGAGCACCUGCUGCUCUAUGGCUACAUCAAAGUCCCUCACUGCAGCAAACAAGACCUCUACCAAGAAGUGAAGAGGACUUUGAAGGAGACUGGGCUGUACAGCCAUCGUCACAAGCUGGCUGGCACCCUGUCUGGGGGGAUGAAGAGGAAGUUAUCCAUAGCUAUUGCUCUCCUGGGGGGAUCCAGGGUGGUGAUUCUGGAUGAACCAACCACGGGGGUGGAUCCGUGCUCCCGCAGGAGUAUCUGGGAAAUCAUCUCCAAGAAUAAGAAAGGCAGAACCAUCAUUCUCUCCACACAUCACCUGGAUGAAGCAGAAGUUCUGAGUGACCGGAUCGCCUUCCUGGAGCAUGGAGGGCUCAAAUGUUGUGGCUCUCCUUUCUACCUCAAGGAAACCUUUGGGGAUGGCUACCACCUGACCCUCACCAAAAAGAAGGUGUUCCUCAAUCUGACAAAAGAGCUUGUGAAGGACCAGCAAGAAGUUGCUGUGCUGCCCCAUCAGCUGCCUGGAGUCAGUGGUCACACUGGUGGUGACGAAAUGUCUGUGAGCACAGACACCUUCACAGAAAGAGAUGACCAGCUCCUGAUCAGGUCCAAGAGCCUGCGGGGUUUGCCGCUGCUGCUGAAGAGAACCUCAGCCCUGUUCAUCAAGAGGUUCCACCACACCCGCCGCGACGUCCGCGGCUUCAUCGCCCAGGUCAUCCUCCCCGUGCUCUUUGUGAUGGCUGCCAUGGGCCUGGGGACACUGAGGACCAAGGAGACCGAGUACCCCGAGCUGCUGCUGUCCCCCUCCCUGUAUGGCACAGCCGACCAGGCAGACUUCUUUGGGAAUUUUAAUGAAACCACAGCUGCUUUAGUUUCUUCCAUGCUGGCUUUCCCUGGGACAGAUAACACGUGCAUGAACGAAAGCAAUUCGCAGUGUUUAACAGAGGACAUGCUUGGCCAGUGGAUUACCAGUGGAAACCAGAGAACCAAGUAUUCUGCCUGCAACUGCACAGAUGGCAUCCAGACAUGCCCACAGACAAACUACACUCCCCCUCACAGAAGGACCUUCUCCACACGGACACUUUACAACGUGACAGGGCACAAUGUGGAGUCCUACAUCCUGGCAACCACCAAAGACUUCCUGCAGAAACGGUAUGGUGGCUGGAGCUUCGGGCUGCCUUUGACACCAGAUCUGCAGUUUGACAUCAGGCCAGUGCCCCCCAACAGAACACUGACUAAGGUGUGGUACAAUCCUGAGGGUUAUCACAGCCUCCCAGCCUAUCUCAACAGCUUGAACAACUUCAUUCUUCGAGCCAACUUGCCAAAAAAUGAGACUUCCAGAUAUGGUAUUUUCCUAUCAGCUCACCCAUAUCCUGGAGGACAGAGUCAAGAACAAGUAAUGCUCAACAGCUUACUGGACAUCAUAGUGUCCAUGUCUGUUUUGGUGGGCUACUCCAUCACCACAGCAAGCUUUGUGCUCUACAUGGUCAAGGAGCACCAAACCAAAGCCAAGCAGCUGCAGCACAUUUCAGGCAUUGGGAUGACAACCUACUGGGUGACCAACUUGGUUUAUGAUCUGGUACUUUUUAUGGUCCCUAUUGGACUCUCAGUAGGAGUUAUUUCAGCCUUCCAGAUCCCAGCUUUCUGCAACAACAGUAACUUAGUGGCAGUAUUUCUUCUGCUGUUACUCUUUGGAUAUGCAUCAUUUUCCUGGAUGUACCUGCUGGCUGGGCUUUUCAAGGAGACAGGGAUGGCCUUCAUUGUUUAUGUCUGUGUCAACCUGUUCUUUGGCAUCAACACCAUUAUCACUCACUCUGUUGUGUUCCUGCUCUCCCAGGAGAAGGCCACAGACCAGGGCUUGCGUGAUCUUGCUGAAAAUUUAAGGCAUGUGUUCCUUCUGUUCCCACAAUUUUGCUUUGGCUAUGGCUUGAUUGAACUGUCUCAGGAUCAGGCACUGCUGGGCUUCUUAAGAGCCUAUGGAGUGGACUACCCUGACAAAACCUUUGAGCUGGACAAGACCACGUCCAAGCUGCUGGCCAUGUUCAUCCAGGGCACCGUGUUCUUCGCCAUUCGACUCACAGUUCACGACAGGAUGGUCCAGAGAGUGUGGAACAAGGUCCUGGAGUUCCUGUUUGACAGAGUGCAUGGCAAAGCCUCCCUUCUGCCCCCCACGGCCGUGGAGGAUGGGGAUGUCCAGGCAGAGAGGAGCCGGGUGGAGUCUGGCAAAGCUGACUUCGACGUGGUGCAGCUCCAGAACCUCACCAAGAUCUACCACCUCCCUCACAAACGCAUCACAGCAGUGAGGAACAUCAGCCUCGGGAUCCCUGCUGGGGAGUGCUUUGGCUUGCUUGGUGUGAAUGGAGCUGGAAAGACAACAAUCUUUAAGAUGCUGACAGGGGAUAUUGGAGCAUCCAGCGGAAGGCUGCGGGUCCAGGAUCAUUCUGGGUCCCUGAAUGACAUCAGUGAGGCGCACUGGUCACUGUUUGGCUACUGUCCCCAGGAGGAUGCCUUGGAUGACCUGCUGACCGUGGAAGAGCACAUGUAUUACUAUGCUCGGCUGCACGGCAUCCCGGAGCGGGACAUCAAGGGGGUUGUACUCCAGCUCCUCCACCGGCUGAACCUGAUGGCCUACAAGGACAGAGUCACCUCUAUGUGCAGCUAUGGCACCAACAGGAAACUGUCAACUGCUCUGGCUCUCAUUGGCAAUCCAUCCAUUCUGCUGCUGGAUGAGCCGAGCUCUGGAAUGGACCCGAAUGCCAAACGCCACCUUUGGAAAAUCAUCAGUGAGGAAGUGCAGAACAAGUGCUCAGUGAUACUCACAUCCCACAGCAUGGAGGAGUGUGAAGCCCUCUGUACCAGGCUGGCCAUCAUGGUGAAUGGGAGUUUCCAGUGCAUUGGCUCUCUGCAGCACAUCAAGAGCAGAUUUGGAAGAGGAUUCACUGUGAAGAUGCACUUAAACAGCAGCACGGUUUGCACUGAGAAGCUGACAGAGUUCAUGAAGUCACACUUCCCAAAUACAUGCCUGAAGGAUCAGCAUUUCAAGAUGGUGGAGUACCACGUCCCAGUCUCUGCAGGAGGGGUAGCAAACAUAUUUGAUCUCCUGGAAGGCAGCAAAGCAGCCUUCAACAUCAGGCACUUCUCUGUGAGUCAGACAACGCUGGAGGAGGUUUUCAUCAACUUUGCUAAAGAUCAAGCAGAUCCUGAUGGCGCGGACUCAGGCCCUGAUGUGACGCUGGACAGCUCUGACACAAGUAGCCAGGCUAGCACCAUAAGCUCCAUCUAUUGAAGGGAUCCACCCACACGGGAUCACAGAAGCUGGGGAAAAGACCUGACAGCCCCUCCAACCCUGUUUUAAGUGAUUUUAGGGUGAUGGGGAUAAGCAGUUCCAUUUUCUUCAAGUACUUUGUUUUUUGAUAUGCGCUUAAUUAAUGUCAAUAGGAACACGAUAGGUGUUUGAGACUGGCACUUGGUUACAAAUCAGAUUGGUCUUUCCACAGGUUCUUCUCCCCCACCCCAAUUCUUGUUUUAUGAUCACUGCAAUGGCUGUGAGGAUUUAAACAGCACCACCUGCUGCUCGUGGCUGUUUGCUUACGGUAGAGUGGCCGUGGUGGAGCAGAGGAGCUGUGGGCAGUGCAGGGUGUCUGACCCCACAGAGGGUCAGAGGAAAGCCCACGCUCCUCUCCCUGCUCAGCAGCAGCCUUCCUGGGUGAAAGUGGCUCAGUUUUGACAGGCUCCCCCUGGGGAAAUGGGGCUCCUGGCCUUGCCCCUCCUCACAGGGGGUUGUGAGGAUGCAGGUGUUAAAUACUGACAGUGGCCAAGGCCACUGGUGGGGGCCAUCUUGGUAAUGACAUAGAGCUUAUCUGGUUAUGUCAGCACAAAUAUAACUAUUUUAUAAGUUAGUGCUUCCAGUGGUUUUGGUUUGUUCCUGUAGCUUAUUCCAGCUCUAAGUAACUCCUGGAGUGAGUCCUCAGUCCCAGGCAGUUCCUGGCUCUUGGUACCCAGUGGAAGAUGAUUCCCCCACAAGCCUCUUUCUCCUUCUGGCUGGAGUUCGGGGCUGCUCUGGAGCAGCAGAGGAGUGGUAUAGGGCAGGCUGGAUGCUCUGACAGAAAGAAGCUCUCUGCUUCAUAAGGUUGAAUUUCCCUGAGCGUGGUAGAAGCGAGCAGCAUCCCCCUUGCUGAUAAAGCCUCCAUCUCCAGCAGCUUUGCCUCUCUGUGUCCUCUCCAGUGACCUUCCUCCUCAACCCCACCUGCUGGCUGCCCCGUGACUCCAGAGCUGUGUUUUCCCACCUCAUAAGGCAUCGUUAGCUCCUGCUUCAAAGACUCUGCCUGCUGGCUUUGAGGGAGUGCUCUGCCCACUUCUGAGAGCAGCCCCCAGCAGCUGAGUUCAGCACACCACCACACACACCCUGCUCUCUUCCCCCAGAAUGAUUAAUAGAUAGAAUAGUUUAAUAUGAUUCUUUGUUAGAUGUAUCAGCAUAAGGCCCCAAAGACACGGGUUUGGGUCAGGGCAUUGAUGUACCUUCAAGCACAAAAUGAACUUAAACUCUGAGCUCAAUAAACUUGCUGUUGCUGAUAAAACAGAUUGCAGAUAAAGCCUUACCUUGUGAGACCUGGGGUGGCCCAUACAACCU